CUCCUCCUCCUCCUCCUGGGUCCUGAGGUGUGGAGCUACGAGGCUCCAGAGGAUAAGGAGGAUGUGUUUGCAAGAAAAGCCUGUCCUGCCUUUCUGACCUUCACCAACGCUGCCUACCUGGCUGGAGUUACUGUGGAGCUGCCCUGCCACUGCAAACCACAACAGGUCCAAUCGGUUGUGUGGUUCUCUAGGAAACAUCUGGGCAGCUCCGAAGAGACGAGAGCCCUGACUGAUCACCAUGGCAACAAGCUGCUGGACACCAGUCAGGUCCCUCACAGCAGCGACCUGCAGAGCCGAUUUUCCAUCCGUCUCUUCAGUCUGUUGAUCUUCAGGGCGGGGCCCGAGGACUCCGGCAUCUACAUCUGCGGCUCUUCCCAUAAAGACUUCUUCUAUGGUUAUGACCUGGACAUCCAGGAGGCACGCGUGCGCCACUUCACCCCAAGGUUCACACCAGAAAGAACCAACAAGAAACUGAAAGUCAGAAAAGGACUCGGCUCUGCUAAGCCGCUGUAUCGGGUCUUCACCAGCUUCCGGCCCUGGUCGGUGUGUGAUCGCUGUGGAGUACCAGGGGAACAGGUUCGUGUGGGACUCUGCUACGUCCACUCCAACUUCCUCCACAUACGCUACAGAUGGGCCAAUCAGACAGUCGCUUCAUGCGGCUCGGGGGCAGUGCCCAGGACUUUCCGCCUUCAGAAGCAAAGCAGAGUCUGGGUCAAGUUAGAGGUCAAAAACUGUCACGUGACGUGCCCAGCUCAAGCUCCUCCGUCCUCAAAGCUCCUUUCUCUAAUGGCGUUUCUCGGAUACAGUUCUGCCUCACUGCCAGUAGAGGUUCCAGUGUUUUACCUGAAUCACCCAGCAGACCGUGUCCUGACCCUGGGCUGCCCCAGGGCACGACCUAACAUGGCCGUGGCCUGGGAUCGAGGAUCUGAACCCAUCUAUCGAUCUAAGCACUUGGCAGGUAGCAACAUCAGCGCCACGCCCUCCAGGCUGCUGAUAGACACCGGACACCACCUGGUGUUUAAACCUGCAAAAAGCCAGGACUCAGGUGUCUACUACUGCUGGCUGCAGGGCCGCCGGGCCGCUGAGAUACGUCUACUAGUCUACGUCCAUUUGGGACGUGGCCAGUCAGUGACAUCACAUCCUGACUUCCAGACAGCUGUAAAUACCGUGUUAAAAUCAUAUGCUGCCAUGACGGCUGUGUUCUGCCUGCUGAUGUUUGGCAGAGCUGGAGUCAGACACCUCAGAGACACUGCACAAACACAUGUGGAUUAAACUGCUUUAAACAUGCUAAGCUACAAAUAUGAUCAGGUUGUUAUCAUUUGUUGUGAAGGGAUCA